AUGGUGGCUAAACUACAAGAUGAAAGGACUGUGCGGAAGAUUUGUGCUUUGGAUGACAAUGUCUGCAUGGCAUUUGCAGGGCUCACUGCUGAUGCUAGACUAGUUAUAAAUAGGGCUCGUGUGGAAUGCCAGAGCCUUCAGUUCACUGUGGAGGAUCCUGUCACAGUGGAAUAUAUCACCCGUUACAUCGCUAGUCUGAAGCAGCGUUAUACUCACAAUAAUGGGCGUAGACCUUUUGGCAUCUCUGCCCUCAUUGUGGGAUUUGACUUUGAUGGAACUCCCAGACUUUACUAG